AGAUCGGGCUGUGCGUUGGGAGAAGGUUCUGCGACUGGGCGGCUCGGGCGAACGGACUAGGGCACAGAGAGGGUUGAAGGGUUUUUCUGCGUAGGGAUUGCUUGAUUUAUUUUAUUGUGCGGCGCUUCUUUGCACUCCGAAUUGUCCGUCGUGGCUUCGGUGGAGCUGCUGUGCGCGACUCCUUGGCUACUUUCCCUGGUUAUGCUAAAUUAGGGAACUGCAGUCUAUGGAGUAAGCCCGUCAAACUCGGCGGGAUAUAUUCCCCGAAAGGUGAAUAUUAGGAGUAAAACAAUACAAAAGGAGAAAUGGAGGAAAAAAGGGCUGCAGUUUGUUGAGGCUCGAUCGGCUUAAAAGACGAAAUCCCGGAUUUGAGGGUUUACUAUUUUGUUGCGGCGAAGCCAAAGGCUGAGAAUUUUUAUGGAGUGCAGAUGGAGCAAGAUUGGUGAUCAGAUUCAGUCAAGGCGGAGAACACAAGACCCCUAUCAUUUACACAAGCUUAUAGGAAAACAGCUUUAAAUUUUACUGAAUGCAGGACUGUCCACAAAUUUGCAGAGACAAAAGAACAGCAAAGAAUACCUUAUUUUUUUUUCCAGUUGAAUGGAGAACACUAGAAUGAGUAAGAACAUUAUUGGAUGCUUCCAGAAUCUAUCCUGUGAAUUCUGUCAACGGGCUGAUGACUGUCCUGAAAAAUAUGGGGAAAAAAGGACCUAUGAAGACUGUAAUCUCACUGUUCAUUAUUACUGUGUGUUAAUGUCAAGUGGGAUUUGGCAGAGAGGUGAAGAUGAAGAAGGCUUUUAUGGUUUUUUACCUGAAGAUAUCCAAAAAGAAAUUAAUCGAGCUGCAAGAUUGAAAUGUGCUAUCUGUAAGAAAAAAGGUGCUUCAAUUGGUUGUAUAGCAUCCAGAUGCAAACGAAGCUACCACUUUCCUUGUGGAAUAGAGAGAGGAUGUCUUUUCCAAUUCAGAGAAACUUUUCCGUCAUAUUGUUGGAAACACCGACCCACUCAAAAACGUCUUUCUAAUUAUAAAGGAUCAUCACAAUGUACAAUAUGUUUGGAGUUGGUUGAACAAGGACCUACAUACAACAUUUUGACAAGUCCAUGCUGUAAAAAUGCUUGGUUUCAUAGGGAAUGCUUGCAGCGUCAAGCUCUCAGUGCAGGGGUAUAUUUCUUUAGAUGUCCUGUAUGUAAUAAUAAAGAAAAAUUUCAGAAUGAAAUGUUAAGAAUGGGCAUCCAUAUUCCAGAAAAGGAUGCCUCGUGGGAACUAGAACAGAAUGCCUAUCAAGAACUUCUUCAACGUUACCAACAUUGUGAUAUUAAAAGAUGCCUUUGCAAAAAUGGAAGAGACUACAAUGAGCCUGAUAGCAAAUGGGAAAUAAAACGCUGUCAAUAUUGUGGUUCUAGUGGAACUCAUUUGGCGUGUUCCUCACUAACAAGCUUGGAGCUAAACUGGGAAUGCAUUGAAUGUAGGACCAUCCUUGCCAAAUCAAAUGGAAGUGCUCAGAAAUGGCGAAAGCGUUCCUUGAGUAUGCCAGAAAAAGCAGAUGGAGACAAUCUGAUGGAAGAUCCAUCACCCAAAUACCCUAGACAGUCUCCAGGAUCCCACCUUGGCAUCCAUAUCAGGUCCCCAAAGAUGGUGUGCUCCAAUGGUUUUACUCCGUGUUCACAACUUGAUCUUCCCUCUUCUAAUAACAGAUAUUUAUCCCCAUCUGCCUUCAUCAGUCCUUCAGUAAGGAAUUUGUCUUUUAAAAAAAUGCAACUUGGAAUGCAGAAAAGAGAAGUCUCCAAAAUUCUGAGGGAAUUAAGAUUACAGAUUAAUACCAAACCAACAAGAUUGAAUAUCAUCAGACAAAAUAUCUGGGAGAGUGCUCUCAAAGGAUUUCAGAAGCGGAACUUCAAUCCUGCUAACACUAUUGAAGUAAAGUAUAUGAACUGCAGGAAUAAAAUAGAGGUGGAUCUCUGUUGCUCAUCAAAGGAAGAUUUUUUUCAAUUGCUGAUGCUUCAUCUUCAGAAUUCAUCAUUAUUUGAAGGGGGCCACUCAAAGAAUCUGUCCUUUGAUUCCCAAGCUCUUAAAGAUGACUUAUACUAUGAAGCAGGAAAAAUGAUUGCAAUUUCUCUGGUUCAUGGAGGUUCAUCUCCUAGCUUCUUUUCUAAAACCUUGUUUCACUGCCUCGUCUAUGGCACAGAAAAUGUGAAGCCAACAGUAGAAGAUGUUGCUGAUAUAGGCGUUUUGCAGGCAAUUAAGAAGAUAAAAUCUGCCACAACACUGAGCAGCUUAGAAUCGGCAAUAAGUGAUUGUUCUGACUAUCUUGCUUCUAUUGGAUGUUUGAAACCUGUAACAGCACUACGUGAUAAGAAUAUAUUGGUGAAUGAGAUUCUGAAUCACCAUGUCAUCAAAAGAACUCUUUUACCAUUUGAAAGCUUUAGACAAGGUUUGAAAACACUUGGUGUUCUGGAAAAAAUACAAAUGAAUCCUGAUGCAUUCUGUAGCAUAUUAUGUCACAAACCCGAGAAACUCUCAGCAAAACUUCUUGGUGAUCUCUUUACAAUUCAGUGUCUAUCAGGAGCAGACAAGGCCAGAUGUCUUGAUUUCUGGAUGGGUUAUUUACAGGAAACAGAAGGUGGUGAGUCAUCUGUAACUCUAGAGGAUAUUUUAGUAUUUGCAACUGGCAUCCGCAGUAUUCCACCCAUUGGCUUUGAACCUGACCCUUCAGUUAUGUUUCUGCAUAUAAAAUAUCCCAUCGGAAAGAGAGACCUUAACUGUUUACAGCUUCCAAUAACAAAAUCUUAUGAGAAUUUUAAAAAAGUUCUGGAUAUUGCCAUCCGACGUGCCCUAUUACAGUCAAGAGUAUGUUAGUUGCUACAAUGGAUAAUGAAAACUGAAUGAUGAAGCACACAAGAAGCUUGCUACUUGCCUACUGGAAAACAGACAUAUUCAUCCUCACAGGUUUUAAAACUUGAUCAUGGAAAUGCAUAAUUUCAGUCUUUACAUUUUGAACAGUGUUUCAAAAUGAUGAGCAAACAAAGCUUUUAAAUCAAUUUUGCAUUAUAUUUGUUCUGGGUUUUGUUUUUUUGGCCAAACCAGCAAGUAACUGGUUGUUUGAGAUUGUGGUGUACCCUCCAUUUUAUAUCAUAAAUGUUACACAUCAAAACUGCUGCAAAUGCAUUCAGGAACCCUUUCCAAAUUGUAAUAUAUCAACUUUUAUACAUUGUGUUUUUGUGUAAAGAUUUGAAGUGUGGAUUUAUUUAUGUGGAUUCCUGAUUCAGGAGAUGUUAAUUUCACACACAAACUUCUUUAUUCUAGCUAAACAUGGGGGGGGGGGAAAACCCUAAAGAUUACCUCAUGUUAUUUUCUCUUAAAUAUAUGUAAUGUCUUGAACAUUUGUGGGAUUAUGCCCAAAUAACUGUGUUUCCGUUCUGUAAUCAUUCUAAUUUUUUUUUAAAAAAAAUAGUUUUGAAUAUAAAAGGAUUUUUAAAAACUGCAUGGUAGGAAUUCUAUAUUCAGAAAAGCUAUAAUUGGUGUCAGAUGUGUUUGUUAACUCAGUUUUAUUAUUUCAGUUAGAGAUGGUAAUAUGUUUGGACAUAAAAGUGCUUUUUCCGUGAAAUAACAGUUCCACCCUUGCCAGAGGAGUCCUAGCAUUAUUCUGGCUAUACUGGGAGAGGUCUAAACUUCAGUCUGUUUUAGACUAAAGCAGCUAUUUCAAACCUGGAAUAGGAUGUUUCACUCUGAAACUAUCUUCUAUAAGACUAUGCAUACUAUAAAAAAUGUAUGUAGAUGCUUUAAGAAUUAUCCUCACAUUUAUUCAAAUUGUAGCAAAUAUUUGAUUUAAAUGAGACUUUUAGAAGCUGAGAUGAGUUAGCUUUGUAUAUGUCCCAGAAAUACCAAAGUUAGAAAUGCCAUUCCCUACUCGGUACUUAACUAGAAAGAUUAUGAAUUUGAUUUCAUUUUUCUAAAAUCUAUUAUGUUGGAUGCAUUACAGAUACACCAUGUAGAGUAUUAAAUUUUAUGAAAUAGGUGAUGGAAUAAUUUAUACACACACACAACAUUUUCACACACAUGUAUGGAUACACCAACCCCUUUAAAUGGCUUUAAUUCAGAUUGAUAUGACAUUGCUUUUUCUAAGAGGAGAAAAAAGCAAAUUUAUGUUUCCCCCUGGGCCACAUUUCCCUGUUGGUUUUGUUGGGUUGUGCUGAGCUGAAAGAUUAAUCACAGCAGUUUAUCAUUUAAAAGUUAUUUCUGUCGUCACUUAUUAAAUUGCACAAUAAAAAUUUCUGGAGCUUAUCCAUGCUAUUCUAAAUUGUUUGAAUUUCAAUUAUUGAAAAUUAAUUGUGUGGGUGAAAAGUAUAUAGAGUACGCUAUUCUGAAAUGUUCUGCAAAAUAUAUAUCGGAAUAUAGUGAUAAGGCUACUUCAUUAGUAGAGUUUCAUCCUUGGCAAGCAUGUAUAUCAGUGAUUUGAAAUAAAGCUUACAGUAGUAGGUAUAGGACAGUGAUGGCUAAGCUUUUUGCCAUCGCGUGCCAAAAGCGGGGGUAGUGGGGGGUGGAUUGCAUGCACGCGUGCCCACACCCAUAAUUCAAUGCGCCCCGUCCCCCCACGCAUGCACGCAUGACCCCCCACUCUCCCCCGCUUUUGGCACGCGAUGGCACGGUGGGCCCAGUAGGCCCAUUUUUUUGCCCUCCCCAGGCUCCAGAGCCUUUCUAGGAGCCUGGGGAAGGUGAAAACAGCCCCCCCCCCCAAGGCCCUCCAGAGGCCUGGAAACAGUCUGUUUCCCGAUUUCCAAUGGGCCCGGAAGGCCCGAAAAUUUGUGCUGGACUGAGGUAGGGCAACGCUCGCGUGCCCACAGAUAUGGCUCAGUGUGCCACCACCGAUAUAGGAUAUCUAUUUCAACCGCUUGAAUUCAUCUGUAGAGGAAGCACUCCAGGCAUGAUGGAGUUAAUAUUUCAGCAGAAUGGAUGGAAUGCUUCUACUCCCAGAGUUUCUAACCGCAAAUUUCAAUUUCUUAUAUUAAAGAAUUAAUGUGUUUGAAAGGGAACAUUUAUUUCCUGGCUUUCAGAAAUCUACUUGUACUUAGGUCUGAAGAUUCUCCUAUUUCACUGUUACACAAAUUCAGUCCUCUUCUGUAAACAAGCAGUUUGGUGGGCCUUAUUUUCAAUGUGAUUGAGAUAACAUUUGAUUCAAAUUCUUUCCUCAGUGUGAAUUAGUUAAAUUCUGGCUACCCAACCAGACAAAGAUUGUGGAUCUAUGACAGAAACUAUUACAAGUUUACUGGUGUACAGGUAGUCCUCAGUUUAUGACAAUAAUUGGGGCUGGAAUUUCCAUUGCUAAGCAAUGCGGCUGUAAAGCAUAACUUUGCUAACCUUUGCAUUGGUUAGCAAAGGCAAAUCCUAAAGUCCUGGUUGUUAUUAAAUGAAUCCCACAAUUGUUAGAUGAGGUAACAUCUUGGCAACUUCCCACAACCAAAGGGAAAAUGCAACUCCCAAGCUGGCAGGGAGGUAAGUAGCUGCUACCAGGUGGAAAAGGGUCCAUGAGAGGUGCUGCACAGGGUCAGGGAUGUGGGGUGAUGCAAUGACUUACUCCAACAACUUGCAACCACCACUGCAGCUUCCUCAUUGACUUUUGAUCACAGGAUUGCAGGUGCUCAGAUUACAAUCAUGUUACUGCAGGAUUGCUGAGAUAGCCAAAGCUCCAAGGGCCAGUCAUCAUUUGUGCAAGAUCAGCGUAAUUUUGAACAGUUGCUGAACAAAUGGUCACUAGAUGAGGAUUGCCUGUAUGUAGUAUUUUGUAAUUCAUUUUGUUUUUUAAAAAACUGGUUAUUACGCAUACUUUUGAAUACACGAACACUAUGCUUGUGUAAAUACCCUGGAGCUAAUUUUUUUUUAAUAUACCAUACUUUUCGGAGUAUAAGACGCACUUCCCCCCCCCAAAAAAAAGUUGGGUGGAAAUGUUUGUGUGUCUUAUACACCAAAUAUUGCCGAAGCUCCACCUACCCGCUGGCCCCCCUUUGGCCGAAAACGUUUUCGGCCUCCGUGUGUUGCAUUUUUCGCCUCCGCAUGCUUCAUUUUAGACCGGUUCCAGGCUGCGUGGAUUGCCACAGCACAUCACCACCAAUCGCUGCCUUGGCGCUUUGUGAUUUUGGCCUCCGCACACCCCAUUUUAGACCCGUUCCAGGCUGCAGGGAUGGUCACAGCACAUCGCCACCGAUUGCCGCCUCAGUGUGUCACAUUUUUGGCCCCCGUACGUAACAUUUUUGGCCGGUUUCAGGCAGUGGUGACGCGUUGAGGCAAAAAACGCAAGACACGGAGGCCAAAAACACAACACGUGGAGGCGGUGAUGGGCUAUGGAGAUCCUUGCAGCCUGGGAGGCUGAUCCAGCCGCUAACAAGUUGCUCGUGCUGAAUCAGGCUGCGAUAAUGUGCUGAAGCUGAUCAGGCUGUUUGCUGUUUGCUGCAAGGACGCUAGCCAGAUGAAUACCUAUGAAUGCUGGUAGGUAGAGGCAGAAUUUUUUUUCUUCUUUUCCUCCCCAAAAACUAAUGUGUGUCUUAUACUCUGAAAUAUAUAUAUUUUUUUCCAUUCAAUCAUGUUGGAUUCUCAGAGACUAUCUGGACAAAUCCCUGCAGGGUUCCCCACCCCCCAAGGAGGAUUUUCAGUAUUUUCCAUUGCCUAUUUCCUAGGGCUGCGAAAAAGUGACUGACCCACAGUUACCCAGCCCAAGGCAGGACUAGAACUCAUAGUCUUAUAUAUGAUGUUGCCUAGAAGGUGUUUCAUAUUAAUAUAUGGUUAUUUACAUUUUCAUUUGAAAAGUGAGAUUUUUAUCUUGGCAUUUUUGCAGAAAUUUGACAGAUGUAGUUUAAAUACUACUUUGAGGUUUUUUUUAUUUCCACUGAGGUUUUGAUUGUAUGCUGGAAUUAAUUAGAAUAUUUUAAUUUCAUUUUUCAGUGGAAUUAAUGUAAGUUACAAAAUUCUAUUUGAUGUUUAAGCAGUAUAUGUGACAACUGAACAGGGGAAACUUUCUGGGAGAUGACUAGAUAUUUCUUGUAAACUGCUUAGAAAAAUUGCUUAUUAACAGUUCAAAACAUUUUCAGAAGUAAAUGUUGGUAAUUCUCACAUUUCAUAUCUUUAUAGAUGUUUUACAGGUAUGGAUAGCUGUAGACAAAAAGAUUUCAGUGAACUUUAUACAUUCAUUGUUUUGUCACAUACAAAUAGCUUUUUGGUGUGAAUGAAUAAGAUUUGGUUAUAUCUAGUUUUUAAAGACCUUUCAAUGUGACUAAUGAGAAAUUAUAGCUUUUUGAAUAACAAAUCACCAUGCCUUUACUAGAACAUGUUUUAAUGUGCUUUUCAGUAUUCAUUUGCUUUAAAGGAAGAUAUAUUUGAGAAAUAACUUACAAACGUACAGAAUUGCUAGUUUUGAUCCUGGUCAUGCUUUUUCUACAUAAGGAUCAUAUUUUGCCUAAUUUCUGAUUGGUUCUAGUGAAAACAAGGUAGUAAUAUAAAUCAAAACUAUCAACAAUGCUAACAUAUGGAUGGGUAUGAUGAUGAAAAAGCCAUUUUUGUUCCAAAAUUUCAUAUUGGGUAAGGACAACUAGAAUUAGCUACUGAAUGUUUCAUUUCAUCGAAGUUUAUUAUUACUUCAGUCACAAAUUAUUUUACAGUGAAAUUGGUGCAAUAUCAUCCUAUUUCUUUGUGACGGUCAUACUCUAUAAAUAUAUAAAUAUUGAGAUUCCCUUUGUUGCCCAGAGUCGAUGGUGCUUAAGUGUCAUGAUUGAUAUUAGAUGUUUUUCUUCUUAUCCAUUCUUUGCUCUUACUAUGUGAUUCUAGCAAAAUGUUAUACCAGUUUAUGGGGAUGGACUGUAAGGAAAUAAGAUAUGCCUUAAUCAUCUCUCAGUGUAAUUUAUCUUUACAGAAUGAGUAUCACACAUUCUUCCAAUUAUGAUUAUAGUACUUGAAUUUGAACUUUGGUAGACUGUAUAAUACUGUAUCUACUGAUUACAACAGAAACACUGUAAAUUAAUAGGAUUUAUAUAUGUGUGUCAGUCCAGGGCAACAGUAUUCCUUUUGAGCUCAGGUACUUGAAAUAAGAUUCAUGAAUUCACUAUUAUUUCUUCUAACACAAGUAUCCAUUGAGAAAAAUACAUGUGAAAAAGGAAAUGCGUACUAUUGAAAGAUGAAACUUGGCAUUAAGAAAACAAAAGUGGAAUAUAAACCUUGUAUGCAGUUACAAAUUUGUAAAUUAUGGUUUGUGUAAAACUAUUAUUUCAAGAAGCCUUUUGUAACUCUCAAUGUCUGUAGUACUUUGCUUUGAAGUUACUUGUAGCAAUAUAGCAAGAACUGUCUUAUAUGUGUAUAUAUCUAUAUCCAUGUAAAGUGCAAUAAAUCAAGGGUUUCUACUUAA